UGGGCGUGUGGCGCGCGCCUGGUUCCUCUCCUCGUGACUCGUGAUGGCGCUGCCGCGGCUGCUGCUGCUAGAGCUCGCGCUUAACGCCUGCUGCUUCAUCUGCGGAAUUAUCACCGCCGCCUCCGUCACUCUCUCUCAGGGUGAUUUUUCAGGAAAGUGUUUGCUGUACGGCUCUGUGCGCCUGAACGGUUCAGAAAUUGACUUGAGCUGGUCCAGUGCUUCCUCUCUCUGUUACUUCGUGUCAGCAAUCUCUGUGUGCAUAGCUGUCUUCUGCUUCUCCACCAGCCUCUACUGGAUCUACACAUUCUUUGUGGAUGGAGAGGUUAGAAGAGAGAGAAUAUGGAUGACUCUCUCGUUAGGUGUAAGCGGAGUCUUCCUCUUCUUCCUCCUUGUGACGGGAUGCAUCCUGAAUCUGGGGCGAAGCAAACUUUGUGAAUCUGUGAUCAGUACAGUGCCCAAUGUUACCAGUUGUGUUGAGGCCCAGUCUAAAAACUGGAAAAGCCCUUUUAUCGGGUCUAGCUUCUACUCUAAACUACAGAAUGCUGAGACGGCAGUGUGGGUAAAUUUCUUCUGCUGGAUUAUAGUAGCUGUUCUUGUGGUUGUCCAACGUAGAUGGGGCUCUGACAGAACUCGGGAAGAAGACCCUGGAGCAAGUUCUUCUGAAACAGAACCUUUCUUCAAACGGCCAGGACACCCCAACUAAGUGUGCACAAGCUGGCACAGGCACUGUGGCAUGCACACAUUAAACACAAAAUGAGCCUAUUGGGAUAAACACACACACACACACACACACACACAAACACACACACAAACACACACACAGAUGCAGACACAGUACUGGUUUUGGCUACCUCGGUCAGUGGUCAUGGAUUUGCUCCCCAGUGGUAUGAGGCCUUGUUGCCAUGGCUACUGACCAGCAAUUGGCAGCAGUAGCUUGGCAGCUAAGAGGGCGAGGUUGCCAGAUUGGUCUUAUUGAUUUAUAUUGAUUCAAACAGAUUAAAUGCACAAAAUUCACUAGAUGAAUGAAUACACUACUUUAUGUAAAUUGAUAACUUGUAUGUGACCUGCUGGGUUCAGUUUUUGAUAAAGCUUUGGGAUGGGUUUAAGAUUCAAGAAGCAUUCUUGUUUGGAAGUAUUAUAGUAUAAUUAAAUGGAAAACCUAAUCGAACAAAUAAGUAUCUUGUGAGAGUAGAUUAUAUAAUGUGUUUUACAAUGCUGAACCUUGAGAAGCUUAUUGACAUCAUGUUUAUACAACAUUGGCUCCACCUGCUGUCAGUUUUUAUCACUUCUUCAUCGACUUUCAUUAUAAUAUGUUCAACACGUGUUAUUUUCCCCCCCUUAUGCUGUCAGAGAUUGUACCUACAUAUAUGCUAUGUCCUUGGGUUAGAUUAACAGAAUGCUGUUAAUGUUUUAAACUAUUAUUUUUGUGAUAAAUUCCCCAUGUAUAUAUAAUUUGAAUAUAUGUGUGCAUAAUUGUGAAAAAGCACACAGAGUGCUGAUGGGAACCAAAAUCUAUCCACAGGGUUAUAAUACGACUUGCAUGCUGGUUGCCAAAACCAUGUCUUUGCCCACAUCACUAAAGUAAUCAAUGACAAUGGCAUUCCUACUUUCUCCACAAAGAAAGAUGCUUUUUAUUGGUUUAUUACAUUAUUCCUGACAUAAUCCUCCUUGUGAUUGCUUUAAUCAGUUUAGUUGUAUUUGAUGCCAUUCCAAACUAUAUGAAAAGUUUUACUUAUUUUGAUCUAUGCAAUCAUUGCACAACAAGAGGCUUGAGAUAAUAUUUGGAAAUUGCCUUAUUAGUUUUACUUCACAGUUUUUUAUUAAAUGCAAAAAAAAAAUCAUGAUUAAUUUUAUGCCUUUAGGCUGCUUUACUUAUUUUAUUUAUGCAAGGCCUAUGUUGACAUUUAAAUACAAUCAAAGAAUUAAAGCAAACUGAAUUACUGUUCCUGAAA